AGAUACGGGAUCCACCUUCCUUCCUAGUUCUUACGGAUUUUCUUUUUCCUUCCACGGCAUAGACGUGGUAGGCAGGCAUUCUCCUCUUCCUAAUUUUCUUUGAUUUUUAGAGAGCAUAAUUGAAGGGUUUAAAACGAACGUUGGAUUUUAAGAGAGAGAAGAGAGAGAGAGUCGAUACUUAAUCACUAAGAAUGAAGGACCAAAGACUGGAGUUCAAAAUUCAGAUCUCAAUAUAUUUUUUUUUGGUAAAAAAAUCUCAACAUUACAAUUACUAUUUUUGGAUAUCUCUCAACAAGGAAAGAAAAGCAGGACACGCAAAGUUGCAGAGCACACUAGAAAAAGGGGGUCUUAGACGGAGCAGCCACAAGGGCCUUCUAAGUAACUGGAACUUUUUUCUGGCGGGAAACUGGAGGUUCUUUUUCUUCUGGUUCUUAAUAGUGGAUUUGAUAGAGAAGGAGGGAAGAGGGAAGGCUUCAAUGGGAGAUUCAUCGUAUGAACCUGUUGAUUUCUGGACGCAGGCUGAUGCUUUGCUCAGGAAGAGACCUUACUUUCCAGUUCAUUAGCAGGUUCAACUACAUCUAAGGGUGAUAUUAGAAAUCCAAUAUUUGUUUAAGCCUUUUCUUGGAACAUUAAAGGCAGAAAUGGACUGUAUUUAGAUGCUAGAGUUUCAAACGGCCUACAUCAGUUCAAAAUGUUGUAAAGCUGACAAGAUUUGUAUUGGACCUGCUUCAGUCAGCUUUUGUAUUGGACUUGCUUGAGCUAAGCACCAAAUUACAAACAGAAGAAGAAAAAAUUCGCAAAUAUGGAUGCUUUUCUAGAAUCUAAGAAUGAUAUGAAUAUCUGGAUAUUCUUUUCGCAGCCUUCUGUGACAAUUUUCCUCCAUGGUUUUUCUGCUUCAUCACACCUAAUUUUGCUAUUAGUUUUGUCCAUUUCCUGGGUUUGCAAAAGAUACAAAAUGACCACCCUAGAAAAUGUAAAACCAAUGGUGAAGAAUACACACUUUUUCUGUUAUUGGUCAACCCUUAUAUCUUGCUUGGUUUUAUCUUUCUUUGGUCUUCUCCUAUGUGUCCUAAACUACUUCUCUGGGUAUACCCAUGGUUGGUCUGAUCUAAAGCUUGUUGCCCAGUUGGAUUUUGCAUUCAGAACACUCACUUGGUUUGUGAUCUUUGCUUACUUGCACAUCCAAUUUUCUCAAUCGAGUGAGCACAAGUUUCCUAUUCUACUAAGGAUUUGGUGGGUCUUCUAUUUCCUGAUGUUUUUUUCGUACAUUAUAAUACAUCUUGGUUUGUAUUGGAAAUAUUCAUCUGUGUCAUUCCUGUUAUUGGCCUCAGAUGUUGUAUCUAUCAUUGCUGGUUUGCUCUUUUGUUAUACUGGUUUGUUUGGAAAAGGACAAGAAGUUGAAGAUUUUCAUCUUUUGGAGCCUCUUUUGGGAAUUAAUCCAAGUCGAAACAAUGGUGACAAAGAACAAGGGCCAAUUGUUGGUGGAGAGAGUGUUUCACCUUAUGCAAAUGCCAAUCUUUUUAGUAUGUCGACUUUCGCUUGGAUAAGCCCUUUGCUUACACUUGGGUGUAAAAAGACACUAGACCUUGAAGACGUUCCUCAACUUGCGAAUUGUGAUAGUGCUAAUAUGGUCUUUGUUCAUUUUGAGAAUGUUUUUGAAUAUGAUAGUAAUGGCAGUGGUAAUGGUGGUUGUGAUAAGGGUAAUGGUUGUCGUGAUGAGGGUAAUAGUGGUCGUGGUGAGGGUAAUGUCAAUGGUAAUGGAGUUCAAGUGACCACACUUAAGCUGGCUAAGGCAUUGAUUCUCUCCAUGUGGAUAGAAAUUUUAUGGACAACUCUAUUCUCCAUUGUAUGCACAUUGGCUUCUUAUGUUGGACCAUACUUUAUUAAUACCUUUGUUCAAUAUCUCAAUAGCCCUUACCAACUAAGAUAUAAAGGUUAUGGACUAGUGUUUAUUUUCUUUCUUUCAAAGCUCUUAAGGGCUCUCUCAGAUAGGCACUUGUCCUUUCAAUUACGAAAGAUGGCAAUUAAGGUCCGUGCUGCAUUGUUUGCAAUAAUCUAUAAGAAGGGUCUCAAACUUUCAAGUCAAUCAAAGCAGGGCCACACUAGUGGAGAGAACAUUAAUUUGAUGAGUGUUGAUGUUGAGAGGGCUGCCCUUUUUAGUUGGUACUUACACGAUUUAUGGAGGGUGCCUCUUCAAAUUAUUCUAGCAUUGUUGAUCUUGUACAAGAGCCUUGGGUUCGCUUCAUUUGUAGCUUUUGUUGCCACAGUGAUUUUAAUGUUAACAAAUGUUCCAUUGGGAAAUUUACAAGAGAAAUUUCAAGGGGAAUUGAUGGAUUCUAAGGAUCAAAGGAUGAAGGUGACAUCUGAGGCUCUGAGGAAUAUGAGGAUUCUUAAGCUUCAGGGAUGGGAAAUAAAGUUCUUAGAUAAAAUAAUUGAGCUUAGAAACUUUGAAACAAGAUGGUUAGAAAAGGUACUUUAUACAACAGCUAUAACUUCCUUUGUCUACUUGUCUGCUCCUAUGUUUGUCUCCAUGGUUACUUUUGGGUUUUGUGUGCUUAUUGGAAUUCCACUAGAGUCAGGGAAUGUUCUAACUGCACUUGCAACAUUUGAGAUAUUGCGAGGUCCUAUUUAUAAUCUCCCAGACAUGAUCUCCAUGGUUAUUCAAACUAAAGUUUCCCUUGAUAGGAUAGUCUCAUUCCUUUGCCUCGAAGAUCUUAAUCCGAAUACAGUACAAAUGUUUCCAAGGGAUAGUGACGAAGUUGCAGUUGAGAUAGUUAAGGGGAAUUUCUCUUGGAACCUUCAUUCCCCUAAUCUCACAUUAAAAGAUCUUAAUUUCCGAGUGUACCAUGGGAUGAGAGUGGCUGUUUGUGGUUCUGUUGGCUCUGGCAAGUCAAGCCUACUUUCAUGCAUACUAGGGGAAAUGCCAAAGGUAUCUGGAACCAUUAAGUUAAGUGGGAUGAAGGCCUAUGUUGCACAGUCACCUUGGAUACAAAGUGGUAAGAUAGUAGACAAUAUAUUGUUUGGUAAGGAGAUGAAUAAGGAAAGGUAUGAGAUGAUCCUUGAAGCAUGUUCAUUAAAGAAGGACCUAGAAUUGUUUGACUUUGGGGAUCAAACUAUCAUAGGGGAAAGGGGGAUCAACCUAAGUGGUGGGCAGAAGCAAAGAGUCCAAAUUGCACGUGCUUUAUACUAUGAUGCUGACAUUUAUUUGCUUGAUGAUCCUUUUAGUGCUGUGGAUGCUCACACAGGAACUCAUCUUUUUAAGGAGUGUUUACUGGGAAUUUUGAGUUCAAAAACUGUAAUUUAUGUUACCAACCAAGUAGAGUUUUUACCUUCGGCUGAUCUUAUCCUGGUUAUGAGAGAUGGGAGGAUUACUCAAGCAGGAAAGUAUGAAGAAAUUCUUAGUUCAGGAACUGAUUUGAUGGAAUUAGUGGGUGCCCAUAAGAAAGCUUUAGCAGACCUUAGUUCUGUUGAACAUGAGGCUACUUCUAAUAAUUUAAUUGAAGAUGAUAAUAAGUUUCAUAGUGAGAAGUCUAUUCAAGAUGAUGAAGAAACAGAACCUAAUAAUUGCAAAACAGAAAAACUUGUUAAGCUAGAAGGGCAACUUGUUCAAGAAGAAAAGAGAGAAAAUGGUAGAGUUAAUCUUUCAAUCUACUGGAAGUAUAUUAGCACUGCAUAUAAAGGGGCUUUUGUACCAUUGAUAUUGUUGGCACAAAUUCUUUUUCAACUUCUUCUAAUAGUCAGUAGUUACUGGAUGGUAUUUGCUACUCCCAUUUCAGAGGAUGUGAGACCUUUUGUUAAAGGAUCAAUUCUCAUUAUUGUUUAUGUUUCUUUGACCCUUGGAAGCUCUAUUUGUGUACUUACAAGGUCCAUGCUUAUUGUAACUGCUGGAUACAAGACGGCCACUCUACUCUUUAACAAAAUGCAUUUAUGCAUUUUUCGUGCUCCUAUGUCAUUUUUUGACUCUACUCCGAGUGGAAGGAUUCUAAAUCGAGUAUCCAUGGAUCAAAGUGCAAUUGAUACCUCUAUUCCACAUCUAAUUGGAGAGUUUCUUGUUUCAAUCAUAGAAUUCUUGGGAACUGCUGCAGUAAUGUCACAGGUUGCCUGGCAAAUGUUAAUAGUUCUUAUUCCGAUGACUGUGAUAUGCAUUUGGUACCAGCAAUUCUACACAUCUGCAGCACGAGAACUAUCACGGCUGAUCGGAGUAUGUCAAGCUCCAAUUAUACAACAUUUUGCUGAAUCCAGUUUAGGCUUAACCACAAUUAGGGGCUUCAAUCAAGAAAAGAGGUUUAUGGACACAAACCUCAAGUUGGUAGAUGGGUAUUCCCGGCCCAGAUUUCAUUUCUCUGGUGCAAUGGAGUGGUUAUGCUUCCGCAUGGAUAUUUUGGCAUCUAUCACAUAUGUUGUCUCUUUGGUUUUCUUGAUCUCAAUGCCGAAAGGAAUACUCAGUCCUGGUGUUAUGGGUUUAGCAGUCACAUUUGGGCUUACUUUCAGUAUGCACGGGGUCAUAUGGGAUCUUAGUCGUCUUGAGAAUAAAAUCGUAUCCGUUGAGAGAAUAUUACAAUAUUCCUGCAUACCUAGUGAAUCCCCCUUGUUGGUGGAAGAAAAUAGGCCAGGUCGUGAAUGGCCGUCACAAGGGGAAGUUGAUAUUGUUGAUCUACAGGUCCAGUACGCCCCUCACCUUCCUCUUAUCUUGCGAGGUCUCACGUGCACUUUCCGUGGAGGGAUGAAGAUUGGCAUCGUUGGGCGAACAGGAAGUGGUAAAUCAACUCUCGUACAGGCUCUUUUUCGCAUACUUGAACCUAUAGCCGGUCAGAUUUGGAUAGAUGGUAUCAACAUAUCCAAUAUUGGCCUUCAUGAUUUGCGGUCAAGAUUGAGUAUCAUCCCACAAGAUCCAGCUAUGUUUGAGGGGACUGUAAGAAGUAACCUUGACCCGCUUGAAGAAUACACUGAUGAACAAAUCUGGGAGGCUUUAGAUAGAUGCCAACUUGGUAAUGAAGUUAGAAAGAAGGAAAGGAAGCUUGAUUCUGCAGUGACUGAGAAUGGAGAGAAUUGGAGUGUGGGUCAAAGGCAGCUAGUUUGUUUAGGGCGGGUGUUACUCAAGAGGAGCAAAGUGUUAGUACUCGAUGAAGCUACUGCAUCAGUGGAUACAGCAACCGACUAUCUAAUUCAGCAAACGCUAAAAGAACACUUCUCAGAGUCUACUGUCAUCACAAUAGCACAUAGGAUAACAUCAAUUCUUGAUGUCGAUAUGGUUCUUCUUCUUGAUAAUGGGCUUAUACUGGAAUAUGAUUCCCCAGCCAAAUUGCUAGAGAUCAAGUCUUCAUCAUUUGCAAAGCUUGUCAAGGAGUAUACUCGAAGAUUUAGUUCCUAGUUUUUAAAAGGCUAAAUAAGUGGGUUGUGAAUGUUCAAAUGUAAAUAGGCUGCAUUAUAUUGAGGUGCACUGCACUAUUAUAGAGCAUUACAAAAACUUGUUGGACAGCAUUUGAAUAUUUGGUUUUUUUCCAGUUAUGUUGUUUGUGUUACAUGUUAUCACUUAUGCUAUUUGAAAAAAAUUAUGACCUAUUUUUGCUUGCUUA